AUUUUAUUUUUUAUUUCAAUUUUUAAAAUAGAGUUAAUAGAUUGCUCUCCAUCAAACUGUUCAAUCUAGUCAGAAAAGUAGUUUUAUGGCAGUUAUAGUUUUUAUGUCACUUUUAACUGUAGAUAACUCUUUUGUCUGGUUUUGAAUUUGUAACUACUAAGGCAGAUAAGAAAAUAACUUGUGUGCAUAAUUUGAAAGGCUGAAGAAACUGUCUAUUUUGGUCCAUCUUUGCAAUCUGUUGUAUGCAUGGUGAUAAUGACCCAUUAGAUAAUGUUUAUGGCUAGUAAAUGUGUUUGUCCUCAUCAUAAAUCUAUCCCAGUAUCAUAAACGUUGCAGAUAAAAUAUCAUUUUGAUAGUUUGCCAUUGUUGGUUGAAAACCUGUUCUAAAGUAAAUUGCAAGAGGAAGACAAUUUUUUAAUCAGAGAAUUAGAAAACAUUCAUGGCCCUUCCAUGUUCUUUGUUAGUUGUCAAGGUUCCAAAACCUCCGUUAGAAACUGGUUGCCAAUUCCAAUUGCUGUGAUAUCACCCGUGUAUUCAAAGUACAUCAGCGUGGAAUAACUAAUAUGUCUGUUUUCUACAAUCAGUUAUAAACGUUAGUGAUUAGAAAUGCCACUUUUACCCAUAAAUAUGCAAAGUAAGUUUGGAAAAAUUAUAUACUUUUACAAUUGCAAAAGGAAUGUCUGACAUUUUUGAAAUCACUCUUGAAAGUUGAAUUACAGAAAAUGACAUUGGUAGAAGGAAGAAAGCUCCUUUUCUCAUAAACAAAACUGAAGUUGGAUGCUAAAGUAUUUGUAAGAAAGGGAUAUUAUGCAAUCCUUAAAAACACCCUAUUUAAUAAAUCCCAUAUUUUCUGGCUGAUUUUUUUCCCCCUCGUGAACUUAAAUCAGGGUUAUAGGCCUUGCUAAAGAAGAACCGUAACCACUCGGGUGAAAGAGGAAAUUGGAAAUAAAUUUUAGAAUCCUGCCCUUUGGUGCCUUGUUGUCUGAUGCAUAGCAUGGAAUGGUCUUUUUUAUACUUUGAUACUUGGCCAUGGAGACUAUGACUCUGAUUUUAGCGAUGAUGAAACAGUGGAGAAAUCUUGCCAGCAGAAAAAUAGCGAAGAUGCAAUUCUCAAAAAACCCUUCCAGAAGGAGAAGCAGGACAAGGUGGCCCACAGACAGGUGGCAAUGGAUGAGUGGGACAGGGAAGAAGCCAGAAAUAGACGGUUCCAUUUAAUAGCAAUGGAUGCCUAUGCAAGACAUAAGAAGUUUGUAAAUGAUUACAUUUUAUACUACGGUGGUAAGAAAGAAGACUUCAGACGUUCAGGAGAAAACGAUAAAACUGACCUUGAUGUUAUAAGGGAGAACCACAGGUUUUUGUGGAGAGAAGAGGAUGAAGUUGAUAUGAGCUGGGAGAAGAGGUUGAGCAAGAAAUACUAUGAUAAAUUAUUCAAAGAAUACUGUAUAGCAGAUCUGAGAAACUACAAAGAGAACAAGUUUGGAUUUAGAUGGAGACACGAGCAAGAAGUUGUGUCAGGAAAAGGGCAAUUUUCUUGUGGAAGCAAACAUUGUGAUGAAAAAGAAGGCUUAAAGAGCUGGGAGGUGAAUUUUGGUUAUGUUGAACAUGGGCAAAAGAAAAACGCACUUGUUAAAUUAAGACUCUGUCCGGAAUGCUCUUUCAAAUUAAAUUUUCAUCACAGGAAAAGGGAGGUCAAACCAGGAAAGAAGCAAGACAGCAAAGAACAAAGCUCGGAAAUUUUAAAGGGUAAAAAGUCAAGAGCAUCUUCACCACACAGGCACAAGGCAAAGAAAAAAAAGACCCAUGAAGGUCCAGCAUCAUUGGAAGAAUCGAACAAAACUGAUGAAGACUCAGAUGGUGUUGAUCAGGAAGAUGGUCCCUCUGAGGCAGAUUUCUGGAGGGGUCCACCACAGGAUGCAGAAGAAAAAACAAGGGAGGAAGAAUUUGAUGAAUACUUUCAAGACUUGUUUCUCUGAAAUGAGGUCUCCAAAUCUGAAAUUUGUUUCUUCAUACUCCUCAAAAUCUGUAAAUAAAAAGCAGUUUUUCACA